GUGAAUGCCACACAGAGGACCACAGUGAAGACCAGUGGACUAAACUCUACCUCAACUUACUGAUUCAAUAAACGACAUCCUAUCAAGUGGAACAAUGGGACUGCACAGUGUUGAAGAACUGGUGACCGGUAAGCGGUCAGAGGACAAGGAGGCAGAUGACUUCCCAGGGGGUGUGUAUGAGGCAGCUGUCAAUCAAGAGAAGCAGGAUGACCUUAGGUCUCACCGGCAGCUGGCCAGUUUGUCAGAGGAGAUCGACAGCGGCAGUGAGCAGGAGGAAGUCAACGUCGCUGGACUCCAUAUCUCUGUGUCCUCUCAGACAGAUAAAAGUGGUAGGUUGAAGCUGGAAACGGUGGACGACCUGUUCAACAUCCUACAGCUGAGAAAGAGGAGAAGGGAGAGAAAGGUUCCUGUCAACAAGAAGCAACAGCCAGAGCCAGAGAUCAUGCCAGGGGUUGUGGAUGAGCAGCUGUUCCUGAAAGCAGCCAUGGAGAACAAAUUGCCUGUGGUGGAGAAAUACCUGAGUGACGGAGGAGACCCCAACAUCACUGACCACUUUCAGAGAACAGCUCUGCACAAAGCUUCCUUCAAAGGACAUGUGGACAUCAUGAAAAGACUUCUGGAGGCCGGAGCUGCCAUUGAGAAAAAAGACAAGCUGGAGGCCACCGCUGUUCACUGGGCAUGCAGAGGAGGCAAGUUGUUGGCCCUGCAGCUCCUCAUUGAUCAGGGAGCCAAGUUCACCUCCAGAGACAAGUUGCACAGUACUCCUCUUCAUGUGGCUGUAAGGACUGGAAACUGUGAGUGUGCUGAGCACCUCAUCCACUGUGGGGCCGAUGUCAACGCAAAAGACAGAGAUGGAGACACACCCAUGCACGAUGCUGUAAGAAUAAACCGAUUCAAGAUGAUCAAACUGUUGAUGAUGUAUGGGUCCAGUCUCAACACCAAGAACUGUGAUGGGAAAACUCCAAUGGAGACAUUGUAUUCAUGGCAGAAUGGAGCCAAAAGCCUUUUGUGCAACUUCAGUGAAGAGAAAACCGACCAAUAAAAAAACAGUUGAAACAGGGAAUGAGAUUGAAUAAAUCAGCUUGCCGGCCUAUCAGGGAGGAAAAGUGGUAGAGAAAAGACAACCCCCUCAGGAAAUAACACAUACUAUAUGAAUCUGAAGUUUUCUGGAGAAUAUCUUAAGAGAGUGAACAAUAGUCAUUAACAAAGCUUCUCCUGCUUCAGUAAUGUAAACUAGCCUGAUCUUUAAACCGUAGGUGAAUUUGAGAGCACCAAUAUUUUAUGUCUACAUCCAUGUGUAAUGCCACAUGUGGAGAUAAAGUCAAAAAAUUCAGUAUGUUUUUGAGCUUUGAUCAGGUCUGAUCAGGGUGUUAUAAUUAUGCCAUUAUUAGCACUGAUAAAUUCAUCAUUCGCCAAUUAUUGCUGGACAAUGCCACGGCUGACAACAUGAGGAUUUUUAUUUAUUUUUCUUCUUUUUUAUUUUAAGCUGAGUUGAAGUCAGCAGCACUGCAUCAAGAUGAUGACUUACCUACUGAUUAAUGACCGUGUUUAUUGAUUUUACAGUUUAACUGGUUAUUUAACCUUUGAGGUAUAGUAAUUUAUUUUUUAUUUAUCAACCGUAUGAAAACAGCUGAAUCAGUUUGAAUGUAAUGUUAAAGAGUUAGUGAAUUGUGACUGAGCAUGGUCUUACACAUUUUACUACUGAGAGUUGAAACAGGAAAAAGCGUGUUUUUGUUAAGAAGGAUUUCUCUCACACUCAAGUACAGCAGUAAUUGUCUGUUACAGGAGCCUGUUUAUUAAGAAUAAUCACAUCUUACUGUGUGUUAACCAUUUUGGGGCCAUAUCGCACAUAUUUCAUAUAUUUUUUGCUGCUUUAAAUAGGAAACCUUCAACUGAGCAGCUGUACACAUGGUAUAGCCUAUCUCCAGCAUUUAAGGUUUUCCUUAACCUGAAAGUAUGACAAAGUAUGACUAACUAACUCGCUCCUGUUAUACAGCGAUUUUUCUGUCCCUCUGAUUUACCUUACUGAUGAUGUAUUGAGGUGGUCUUCAUCACUUAAGCAAUGAUAAUAGUUUUAUACACCAGUUUCACUGAAAUGUGCCUUUAUAUGUCUUCAAGAAUUACAUAUCUCAAUGUGAUCUGUAAUUCUGUUAGGCACAAACUGCCUCUAAUAAGAUAUUUAAAUCGGGUGAAACUGAGUUACAUGUGAACAUUUUUUUUUUUUCUACUUUUAGUUAACUGUUUGUCCUUGGAAAUCAUCUACCCACUGUUAUACAUACAUUCUCACCUUCAAACUACAUUUCCAUUGAGACCAUUUUUAUGACAGGUUCUGUUUAUGUGUAGAAGGUUCAGACCCUGACCUACAGCAAAUUUUUCUCAUAAUUUUCCACCCUGUUAAAUUACAAUGCAACAAGGUGGAAGUCCUAAUUUAAAACUUGCAACAAGGUGGAACAGAAAUGUAGUUUUUCUUCCAUUUGUCAUCAGUUUUAUAAUUCUUGUUAAUAAUGAGCUUUUGAUUCUCUGAGCUCAGCCUGUAGACUAUGUAUCUCUUUAAUUUUAACAUGUGACUUUUCUGACAGAACGAUUAAAAACAUGGAACACAUGAUUUUUUUCCUUUAAUACUGAUGAAACUAGAAUGUGACUUGAUGUCAGGAAGAGCCCACAUCAAUUUAGUCUGCACAUAAUAACAUUUAAGUUUUCUUAUUAUUAUUAAAUAUCAGUUUAAUUGUCUGGCAAUUCAGAAUUUGUCAACACUUGGCCUUCAGCAGCCUCCACUGAUUCCGAUCUAUUCCAUCUGCAGGCUCUUUUUGUCUUGUUACAGUCAAAUUAUUUGGGAAUUUGUUCAUGCAAAACCAGAAAGGGUGCGAGCGGGAAUCAGCGAAAAACUUACUAAUGGUUUAGAGGAUGUUUGAAAUUUUUGUGGAUUAAACAGAUCCUUGGAUAAGAGUUUUUAUUAUUUUUAUUGCAUAAAAUGGAUGUAAAUGUUGACAUCUGUUGAUUGAGUGAUACA